AUGCCCGUCACAGAGCUCGCCCUUCUUCACCUCAAAAACCGCCGUCAGAUCCCACCCGAGACCAAAUCCGCCCUCGUAUCUGGGGCCUCCGCACAAGCCCGCUUCGCAGGCUACCCCGUGCAUCUCUAUUCGCAGGUAGAGGAUCCCUCAUACAUCUACCUGCUCGGCGGAUGGGACUCGGUAUCGCAGCACAUGAACGAAUGGAUCCCGUCGCCGACCAAUCAGAACAUCAUGUCGUCCCUCGCGGACGAGAUGGAGGUGGUCUGGAUGUUCCAUGUUGGGGUUGAGCCGGCCUCUGGGGAGACGCGUUCGGCGAGUAGCCCGCUCGAUGCGCCUGUUCUGGCUAUUGAGCGGUGUUUUGUUGGAGAGGAGAAAGGGGAUUUUGAGGAUAGUAUGGCACGUGUGAAGGGUCGUAUGGAAGAAUGUACUGCGCCGAGGAUGCUGCGGUGUGGAUGGCGGAUUGACCAUGCAGAGGGGAGAAAGGAAAGGCAUGAGUUUGUGGUGCUUAGUGGAUGGGAGGAUGUGGAGGAUCACCUUCGCUUUCUGGAGACUGGAUCUGCGGAUGACAAGUACAGGAAGGAUCGGAUGGAGGGAGUAGAGCUGCGACAUGCUCGGUUGAUGGAGGUGUUUAGUUGGUAUGUCAACUUGACUUUCUUCAUGGCUUUCUAG